AUGGUUCAGCUUAAGGUCAACCAGGGAACUCCCAAACGUGUGAGACCUUUCAGGUAUGAAGCAUCAUGGAGUAAAAAAGAGGGGUGUGAGGCCCUAAUCCAACAACACUGGGGUUUGACAACUGGCCAUUUAGACCCCCUAACAGGAUCCAUCACUGGUUUAAAGUAUUGUCAAGAGGGUCUGAAGAAUUGGAGUAUGGAAAUGAGAAGAAAUCAAGGGGCACUUAUUAAGGAAAAACUGUCAAUUCUCAGCUCCCUCAAAGAAACUAAUGAGGGACACCUUUACACAGAAAUAAGUGUACUUCAGAAGGAAGUGGACUCGCUUUUAGAGGCAGAAAACUCCAAGUGGCAACAAAGGGCCAAGCAAAACUGGUUGAGAGGUGGGGAUAGAAACACUUCAUUCUUCCAUAAGUGUGCCAGCCAAAGGAGAAAACAGAACCUCAUCUGUAACAUAAGGGAUAAUGAAGGAAAUGAGACCACUAGUCAGAAGGAGAUUAGCCAAAUUUUUCAGAGCUUCUUUCAAGAGCUUUUUACCUCAUCAAGCCCAAAAGGCAUUGCUGAGUGCACAAGAGCUAUGCCUAGAAAACUCAACACAGAGAUGAGUGCUACCCUUGCAAGACCCUUCACUGCAGCUGAAGUCAAGGAUGCCUUGUUCAGCAUGAAUCCCCUAGGCUCACCUGGACCAGAUGGCUUUCCUGCAUGCUUCUACCAAGAUCAUUGGCAUACCAUAGGACCUCGAGUCACCUCUGCUGUCCUAGAAGUUCUAAACAAAGGUCAGUGGUCAAAUGGCCUUAGUGACACUCUCAUUGCUUUGAUCCCUAAGAAACCAUCCCCUUCCCUAGUGGCAGACUUCAGGCCCAUCAGCCUCUGCAAUGUCCUAUACAAGAUUAUAACAAAGACUGUGGCCAACAGGUUGAAACUAGUGUUGCCAGCAAUAAUUUCUCCAACUCAGACAGCUUUUGUCCCAGGCAGGCUGAUAACAGACAACAUAAUAGUGGCUUUUGAGUCACUACAUACAAUGAAAGCUAGAUUAAAGGGCAGGGAUGGUUUUAUGGCACUCAAGCUCGACAUGAGCAAAGCCUAUGACAGAAUUGAGUGGCCCUUCCUUAAGUCAGUAUUGCAUCAGGUUGGCCUAGACCAGAAGUGGGUAAAUCUAAUCAUGAGGUGUGUAGAAUCAGUGUCUUACUCUCUCAUUCUCAAUGGCACUCCUCAAGACAAAUUCUACCCAACAAGAGGGCUGAGGCAAGGGGAUCCCCUAUCCCCUUACCUCUUCAUCCUAUGCUCAGAAGUGCUGAGUUGCAUGCUCAACAAGGCUGAGAGUUCGGGCCUUAUCACUGGACUACCAAUUAGAAGGAAAUCUCUUUCAAUUAACCACUUGUUUUUUGCAGAUGACAGCCUCUUGUUUUGCAAAGCUAACCCUGUAGAAUGGAGCAGGCUCCACAACUUACUGGCAGUCUAUGAACUUGCCUCUGGUCAGAGGCUCAACAAGGACAAAACCUCUAUUUAUUUUAGCAAAAACACCAGGGAGGAAGCUAAGGCAUUCAUUACCAGCAUAGCAGGGAUAAGGGGCACAUCCUCAUAUGAAAAGUACCUGGGCCUACCUGCCCUCACAGGCAGGUCCCGAGCUCAAUCCUUCAAGGGAAUCCUGGACAGGGUGCAAGACAGAAUUUCCAACUGGAAGAACAAGUUCCUUUCCCAAGCAGGGAAAGAAGUCCUCAUCAAAUCCAUCAUCCAGGCCAUCCCUACGUACAGCAUGGGGAUCUUCAAGCUUCCAAGACUUCUGUUACAGGAGCUUAACAAAAUGGUGAGAAGUUUCUGGUGGAAUCACAAACCACAGGAACACAAGGUACACUGGAUCCAUUGGAACCAGCUGAGGAAAGCAAAGAGUCAAGGUGGCCUGGGCCUUAGGGACUUCUCUAAUUUUAAUCUAGCCCUCCUCGCCAAACAAGGCUGGAGGGUUGUAAACAACCCAGACUCCCUUGCUGCAAGGGUUCUUAAGGAAAAGUACUUCAGUAACAGUUCCUUCCUAUCCACAAAGUUAGGACAAAACUCUUCAUACCUCUGGCAGAGUUUCCUAGCAGCGAGGUCAUUACUUAAAGAGGGAGUGGUGUGGAGAAUAGGAGAUGGGGCCUCAACUGAAAUUUGGAAUGACAGGUGGCUGUUAAGACAGUCGACCUACAGAACUCCCAUUUCAGUCAGGUUCCUGCAGGCUGAUACCAAGGUUUCUAAUCUCAUUAGUAGCUCUACAAAUCAGUGGAAGAGAGACCUUGUUUAUGCCAUGUUCUCAAGGGAGGAAGCCGAAUGCAUAGUAGCCAUACCACUCAGCCCUUACCCCAAGCCAGAUAGAAGAGUGUGGAGGUGCACCACCUCGGGUGAAUUCAGUGUCAAGAGUGCUUACCAUCUCCUUACUGAGAAGGAUGAGCAACUGAAUGGUCAAUCUUCAGCCCCAAGCCCUUCUAAGCCCCCUUGGACCAAAGUCUGGAACCUAAAUGUCCCCAAUGCCACCAAAACCUUCCUCUGGAGGGCUUGCCUCAAUGGACUCCCUACUCGAGACAAUCUGAUGAAGAGGAGAGCAGUGGAAGACCCUGCCUGCCCAGUCUGCGGUCUGCAACCAGAAACAGUGGAGCACAUCCUAUGGAGCUGCCCUUCAGCCAGGGACGUGUGGUCACUGAGCUCAAGGAAGCUGCAGAAAGCUGGCCCCCUUUUCCACCACUUCAGAGAGCUAGUGGAAGUCUUCAUGGAGGCCUUGGACAUAGAGGACCUGAAAGUCUUUGCUGUCACCUCGUGGCUGAUAUGGAAAAGCAGGAAUGAACUGGUGUUUAAACACACUCUACAACACCCUAGGAAGGUGUCCCAGCAAUCCACCUAUCUAUUAGAAGAGCUACAGCAGGUUUCUCAGCAGGGUAAGCCUCAGUUAACCUCCAGACAGUGUGGUCCUAGCUGGGAAGCUCCUCCUCCAGGCAAAGUGAAGUUAAACUGGGAUGCCUCUAUCUCUAAAGGUACCUGCACAGUGGGAGUGGGAGCUGUCAUAAGGGAUUGGGAAGGCAGAGUAUUGGCCACCCUCAGAAUGAAGCACAAUCUGUUCCCUGAUCCAUUUAUGGCAGAAGCCUUUGCAGCAUUUCAAGCCUCCCUAUUUUGUAAGGCCACCGGACACAGAGACAUUAUUAUGGAAGGGGACUCACUGCAAGUCGUGUCAGGCCUCAACUCGUCAACAGAAACCCAUACAUAUGCAGGCCAACUCGUUUCAGACACAAAAAUAACCAUGAACUCCUUUUCAUCUUGGUUAGCAAGGCACACUGUGAGAGCAAACAAUUCUGUUGCUCAUGCCUUAAGCAGGGAUGCGUUAUGCAUUAGUGGUUAUACCACAUCUUUUGAUCUAAUCCUGCACUGUCCCACAGAUGCGAGCCAGAAGCGCCAGCCACUUGGAAAUUUCAAAUUCGAAAAACCCCAACCCCACCAGCCCACGACCUCGAGAACGUCCCAACAAGGCACGUCAUUCUCGGGCUCAGCCACCCUGUUUCACGCGCAAAUCCUAUUGCUUUCUCACCAUGCUCCAGCUCUUCUGGUUGCAAGACAGGCAGCCACUUCCUUGGAAAACUUUAAAGCUGCACAACCCAGCUCUAAGAAAAUGAUACAGCAGGUUCAUGACCAACUAUUUGAAUGGGUUCCUCCUCCAGUGGACUCUAUCAAAAUUAAUUGGGAUGCAGGUGUUACUAAUAACUUAACUGGGUUCGGUUUGGUGGCUCGAAAUCAUGAAGGCUCUAUUUUGGCCACUAAAAAGCUGUCAACAGUUGGUGUCUUGGAUCCCCUGCUAGCUGAAGUUCUCGGUGGCCUUCAUGCAGUUGGCAUGGCAAAGGAGAUGGGGUUGCAAUCUAUUAUUUUGGAAGGUGAUUCCCAGGUUGUAGUUCAAGGCCUUCAGAAGCAUAUUGAUCGAUGGGAUAGAAUGGGCAUGGUCUUACAUGACAUUAGAGUUAUGUUGUCUGGUUUUAAUAAAUGGAUGGUAGUUUUUAUAAGAAGAAGUGGCAACUAUGUUGCUCACUAUCUAGCUAAGGAGUCCCUUGUGCUAGUUGAGGAUGUGAUUGAAUUGGGCGAUUGCCUAAUUUUGUAA